UAAAAAUGGAAAGAUUUUCGCUAUCCUAUGUCCCAGCUGAAUUACUCAAUAUUAUACUCUCUUAUUUGUCAAGGAAGGCAAAAUGGAAGCUAAGAGAGCUCUCAAAAGAAUUUAGAGAUAUCUAUGUACCAAGUAGCAUGGUGUCUGUGAAAAUGAGUCAUUUUCGUUAUAAUGAGCACCCUGUUGGGAUCAGAAUUCUUGAAGAUUUGUUCUGAAAGUGCCACUAUAUCCAAAAACUUGACCUUACCUUGAAUUCUGCUAGUGCCAACUUAAGUUGCUCGAUGACAGAAGAGUAUUCAGAAUACUUAGAAGCAUUAUUUGAUGAAGAGAACUCAACUGUUUUCAAAACUUGAAAGACGAUUAUCUUAAAGGGAUUUAGCAUCAACAAUCCUGAAAGGUACUUUUUUGCAAUUUCGCAACCAUUACGUAACUUAUAGAUUUUUCAGAAAUAUUCUGAUGAAAUUCCGGUCGUUGAAGGAGCUCAUGCUUGAAGGGCUGACUAUGGAGGAGGACCUCUGCUCUAUCUUGUAUUCUAUGAGGGAAGAAGCUCAGUUUAAAGAGUCUCUAGAAGAACUCUCUAUAAAUAUGUGCUCCUCAAAAGAUGAAAAUAUUCCUGAUAGUUGGUAUGAAGACCUAGGAGCCUUCCUCGAUAGCUUUCCUAAUCUUAGCUCUAUUUCACUCAAUGGGAUGAGGAUUGGAGAGAAUUAUAUUUUUCUUCAUGAUUCCUUAAAGCGCGUUGAGAAAAUCAAUUUGCAGCAAAAUGGAAUUAAUGCUGCUAUUGCAAUGAAUCUCUGAAAUUCACUGGAUUUAGACAAAUUAGAGGUUUUUAAUCUUGCCCUCAACUGGCUUGGCCCUCAAGGGCUAGUUACAACUAGAGAAAGAUUUUUGGAGAUGAGCUGAUUGAAAGAGCUCCAUCUCAAUGGAAAUAAGAUGUUCAAAGGGCAUCAUGACAUCGAAGUAAUGACCUCCAUUUUGCAAGGGCUUGAUAAUCUUGAAGUACUUUCUCUGCAAGAGAACUCUAUGUCUCCAGAAGACUUUAAAUAUUGUCUCAGAGUCUUAUUCAAGACUAAAACCUUGACCCACCUGAACCUAAGUAGGAAUGGUCUCUCAGAGCAUUCUAUCAGGAUCUUCAUAAAAUAUAUGGAGAAGGGUCACUUUAAGAACUUAAAAUUCUUAGAUUUCUCAUUUAACCAGAUAAACAUCGAAGGCUUUGAAGCUCUUUGUAAGUUUUACACUCAAAAUUACGAAUUCUGCCCUUCUGAACUGAUGCUCAGAGGCAUGAAUUUUGAUUAUGAUAAAGCCAAAUUUAACCUCCAUCAGAGUGAAAACUCUGAGGAACAUAUUUGGGAAUUCUACCCUCAACUCAAGGUCUUGCAACAAAUGAUCAGCCAAGUAGCUAGACCUGGCUUUAAGAAGUUAGCUCUCAAGCCUAAUAAUUUGAGGAGAAAUGUCAAGACCAACUUUAAGAACAGUAUUCAAGAGCUUUACCCACAGAUUGAAGCUGUAUCCUUACUCUUAUAAGGUUUUGAGUUUCAACCUGAA